UUUUACUAGUAAUUAGUGAAACUGUUAAUCUGUAAGUAUAAGUGAAUAUAUGACUAUGUUAAUGUCUUAAACCGGGCUCAGACUACAGGAGUUUUAGGCCGAUUUAUCCCCGAUUCACCCCUCCUGACAAUCGGUGGCGAAAUCUGGUCUGGGACCGAUGUUCGGCCAAGUUUAUCCGGUAAUGUGAGGGAUUUACAGAUCCAGUCUUAAACCUCCCGAACAGCUCGCAGACUCAUCGGGGCCGCCCCGAUAAUAUCAAACAUGUUUGAUAUUUAGGAAUUAAAAUGUGGAUGAUUACGUCAGUACUUUCCGUGCGGGCCCACAAUAGCCAAUGAGACAGACACGUCUACAAGGAGACUGUGGCGUUACAAGCGUCCCGGAGCAGCUGACGGUGUUGCCAAGCAACGGUAAACAUUGUAGCCCUUUAGGCUAACGUUAGCUAGCAUACUGCUGUUGACAGAUGAAAAUCUCAUCUCCAGUUCUUGCUGAAGAAAAGACAACCCGUGUUGACCCGUCUCCCCAACCGUGUUCUCAUCCAGACUCGUGCCUUCUGCUUUUGUUUUUUCUCACUGCAAAGCAUUACUACAGCAAGUUGUUGCACCACGUCAAUCUCCAUUUUGUUUACAUCUGCUCCCCCAUGAGAUCACAUGAGGUGGAAAAUUUGCUCCCUCUGCCACAAUAAUCUUAAUAAUAUCCACUAGUGUGUGAUGCGCCAUUGUUUUCAAAUCUUAAGAUUAGAGAGAAGAAAAUCUGUGAAGCUUCUCCUUAUGUGCCUGAUACAACCCAAUUUCACAGUCGGUUAGGAUUUUAAAACUCCUGUAGUCUGAGCCCAGCAUUAGUGAAUUAAAGCUGCAUUAAGCAAUUUCAGAAAAUCUGGAGGAAGAGCUUCAAGCAUUAUAUUAUUUGAUUAUCAGGUGCUUAUGGCUAAUGUGUAAGUAACCUGUUGCCCACCUACAUGUCCAGUAGACACAGAGCAACCCGGUCAUUCUGAUGCAGUCAUAUGAAUCCAAGACUUAUAUCCUUUUGCCUUUGAGCACUAGUCUGAUCCCACAAAUUCCUGAGAAAAUGAUCUGUCUGUUUUUGGCUUGCCAGAUGUUCAGAUUUCUUCACCAGCCAUUCAUUUUCUUUGACUGCUAUUUUGUGUUGGGUGGGUUGUGUACAGUUGGCUUGUGUGAGUUUGUUUUGGAAAUGGCUGGCUAUAGUGUCAUAUGGGGGAUUGGUGAGAUUGGGAUUUAAUCAAAAGAGCAAGCACACAAAAGCAAAGAGCUGAAAGAUGCAAAGAACUGUCGAGUUGGGUGUUGAUUUUCAAUGGCGUAGGCAGUACUAGCAUUUGAUUCAGUGUUUAUUUUAAAUGUAGCUUAUUGGAGCUUUAAGCACUUUUUACUAACAAAUCAGCCCCUUUCAGCUGUGCAAGAGAAUCAAAUCUAUCACAUUUUCUGCUGAACAUCGGUCUACACCAGCACACAGAUCAAAGUUCUGUGUUCAUCAGAUGUGAAAACAGUGGCUUCUCUGUGUUGAUAAUGUCAGGCAUUGUUACACGGCAUGACCAAAUAACAGGAUCAUGUGACUUGAGAUGCAGAGCAGCGGAAUGUACAAAGCCAAUGGGACAAUGAAGAAUUUUAAUUUGAAUAGCAUGGACAACUUUGCCAUGUAAUAACGUGUCAUUGUUCUUAUUCUUUGAUCAAAGCUGUUCUGUAGGACCAAUUUCUGAGCUCAGCGAAAUACAUACUUUAAAUAUCAGAAACUACUGUGUCAGACAAAACCUCAAGCCUGAAGGGCUGGGGAAAUCCACUUUGGGCUGUUUUCACACUGUUGCACCACGGUGUGUUUUUUAAGAUACAUUUACUUAUGACUUAGUCUCUAAAUGGCUGCGAGGAAGUCUGGAUCAGAUGCAUACAACAAUGGACCCACCAGCUACCUUGAUGAAGUUCCCUUCAAGAUCAAUGAAAAAUUCAUCUGCCCAGCCAAAGUGGGGCUGCCAGUCGGUUUCUGUCCACCAGACUGUGACUCUUUGCUGGUGGACACACAGGUUAGUCAGUAUGACUUUUCUCUGGAGAGGCGUAGUGUGCGCUGGGGGGUUGAACUGGCUGAGGCCAGAGCAGCAGAGGCCAGAGCAGCAGAGGCAGCAGCCAAGCAGGAGGCAGAGAGCAGGGAGUGUUUGGCACAGGCCCAGGACAUUGAUGGUGGUGGAGGGAAGAAAUCCCGGUCUGCUGCAGAGGAUCAGGACCUUCUACCACCAGCGUUGAACCCCGUCCUAGCGGGGCUGAGCCAUAAUGCCAUCCUCACUCCACUGCCUGCCCCAAGCCUUGGCCCCAGGAAAACCCAGCCUAGCACUCCCCAGCCGCACAGCCUCAACCUAGCUGACUUUGAGCGGGAAGAGGACCCCUUUGACAAGCUGGAGCUCAAAACUUUGGACGAUAAGGAAGAGCUGAGGAACAUCCUCCAGAGCCAGCCCCAACCUCAACCUCCUCCUUCUGUAUCUCCACCAGAGGUCUCCCAGAUAGGGUCAGCGUCACGUGGAAACAGCCCGUCUCCUCCCAGCACCAACACCAACCUCCCAACCAAACCUGGCUUUACUCAUAAACCCAACGGGUUGGUCACGAUGCUGGACAUGGACAGAGUUGGGCAUCCUGGGAGAGCGGGGUUGGAGACAGAUGAUCGACCCUGUAACAUCCGCUCUCUCAGUUUUCCCAAGCUCUCUGAUUCUGGUGACCCAGAGCCAAUGAGGUACAGGCCACUCCCAGCACCCAUCCCUACUACCCGACAGAACCUACCCAAUGGCAGCCCGCUGACCAUACCCAAGAGCCAAGUGAUUGUUGCCCCUGAGCCACCCAGCCACAACAAGAGUGGCGCCCCAAAACCGGCCAACCCAGGGUCAGGAUCCGCUGGUCUGCCGUGUGGCGGAGCCCUGCUCAGCAUGACCCCCAGUGAGCGUCAGUGUGUGGAAACCCUUGUGGGUAUGGGCUAUUCUUACGAGGGCGUCCUACGGGCCAUGCAGAGACAAGGGCAGAACGUGGAGCAGGUGCUGGACUAUAUGUUUGUCCACGGACGUCUGUGUGAGCGGGGCUUCGAUGCAAGUGCAGUGGAGGAAUGUUUAGAGAUGUACCAAUGCUCAGAGGAAAAGGCCUUGCAGUUCCUCGAGCUAAUGUCAAGAUUUGGCGAAAUGGGAUUUGAGCGGGAUGCCAUCAAAGAGGUGCUGCUGGUGCACAACAAUGAUCAGGAUAAGGCUCUAGAGGACCUGAUGGCUCGGGCUGCGGCUAGCUGAGCCAAGCUAACCAGCCAACCAAAGCCCAGCCCAGGGUUUGCCUCCCGCUACUACCCAACACAGCCCCUUUUUUUCUGCCUACCCUAUCACACCAUGCCCUGCCCUUGCCUUGGCUGUGGAAGGGACAACUGGGAGACAGUUGUAUUUCUCUCUCUGUGCUAAAACGUAUUGUGUCUCAGCACUUCUUAACGACUGUGUGCCUGUAGUGGAGGGGGUCAAAGUGUGACAAUACUUCAUGGUGGUGUUUCUUUUCCUAAGAAAUCCUGGGGUUAGGUUCCAGGAUUUGUUACUGCUAGGGUAUUUAGGAAUGGGAAGAAUGUCUGAGCUGGAAAGGACUGGGCUGGGCGUUUUGAUGCCAUUCUGAUUUGCUUCCACUUGGAAGUGUUUAUCUGACUGCAGGCAAAGCUGCAGGACUGAUCGGGGAGCUGAUGACAGGCUCUGAGUGCAUCACAGAAAGACCAGUUUGAACUCUUAAAAACUCCCAAACAACUAAGCUUCCAUCUUCCACUGCUCAUUGCAGACCUAGUAAAUGGUGGAGGGGAUCGGGGGUCUUGAGAAGGCGCUCUUCAAACUGAACCAACUAACAUGAAAAGUUAAAAAAAAAAAAUAUUAAAAAACAAAACAAAAUUCCAGUCGCCAGACAGACAACUGACUCUCAAGAAGUGCCCUCUCUGCUCUGGUGCCCUGCACCUAGUUCUGUUCUACUUUAUUCUUUCAUUCAUUCAUGUCUGUUCAUUUUCUGUUCAUUUGGGAACUUUUUCAUGUCAGUUUGAAGAUUCCAUUUCUUUACUUUCUGUUUUAUGAACUGCAUAAUAGAUCCUUAGUCAUUGUAACUCAGAACAUAAGAGAUACUACUGCCCCAGUACGCUCUUCGACCUGCACUGGAAUGACCUGUUGAAGGAGUGGGGAGAAAUGGGGAAAGUUCCUCUGUAGGAAAUAAUAAGAAAUAUCCCAUAACCCACUGGCACUGAUGUGUCACAUACUGCACAGGCACAGACACACGUUCCAUGAUUAUCAACUUAUUUAAAACAGUACACUGAUACUUUCAUUUAAAAAAUAAAGUUUGAUGUGAUAAUGUAAGAUAUGUUAACUCACAAAAGUGACGCUUUGAACUGUCAUAGACUUCUGUUUGCAGACUGGAAAAGAGUGAGUGGUUAAAAAAAAAAAGAAACAAAAUGUAAGUGGGGCUUGUUUUUGCAGCCACAUCACAGUGCAAUAGACAUUUCAUAUUGUGUGACUGUUGACUGGCACUUUGAGCCUCAAGCAAUUGUUGGCAGAUAAGGAAUGGUCUUCAAGCCUUGCUGGAAAUUUAGAUGUAAUUAGAAAAGGUUUGAUUUCUAUCAUUUAUUCUGUUAUCGGAUUUUAUGCCACAAAGUCUAGUCAAACAUGACUUUGGUUUGUUGACUUGUCCCCUUUUUUUCUCUCAUGUGUAAUGUGAAAUGAAUGUUCAUCUUGAUUUUAGGUUUGUUGGCAUCUCCACAGUCUUAAAUGUAAAGUUAAAAAAAAAAGGUUCAGUCACCACAUUUUCCCAUAUGUUGAUGUUGAUUGGGUGUAUUUUUUCAAAAGGCCGGUUAAUGGACCUCCUGACUUCCAUGCUACAUAUGUUUUAAUUUAAAAAGUAUGUCUGCUCAGUUGCACUAACGGCAAAGAUGGCAAGAAAUUUCCAAAAUAUUGAGCUCUGUGGUACUGAUGGGGAUUGUGAGAGGCAUGGUAACAGAUUAAGGGCUUAAAGUUAGCAAAAUGUGACUCGGAAAACUGGCACUUUGCUUGGGGCAGGUCCAGUACUUUUUGCAAUUGUGAAAUAUAGGACAAAGACAUUUUCUAACCAACAAUCUAUUUUAGAACAACCCUAGGUUCGACAAAUCUAGUUAUAGUGCGAUUUAUUGCCAACACAGACAUCAAUUUACUUUUUUAAUAGAAAAUAUUCACAAUCACAUGUCUGUAGAAUAUACAGUACCACUCAAACCAGAAGUAUAAGCACAUGCGUGUAGUAAAUAAACCACCUUCUGGAUGCUUGCAACAAACUCGCAAGCAUCCCGAAUACAAUAAACAUCUCAGUGUUUGCUUAUGUUUUGACGCACGUCAUCAUGAUUCUGUCAUUCAAUCUGUUUUUGCUAUUUUUUGUUGCAGGCAUAUAACAUGACACAAGCAAGGUGUCAUGUUAGACCUAGUAUCCUUAUUUAAGCCAGCGUUUUGUCUGAUAUGUGUUUUACAUGAUCAACAAAUUAGUGUUUUCACCCAGUUCUGUUUGCAAUUUACUUGAUUUACUGUGAUAAAGAAGAAAGGAACUCUUACUUUACAGACUAACACAUAAGUGGUAUUAUUGUCGCCUUACAUAACUCAAGUGUGGUUCUCUUAAUCAUACAUAAGGCAAGUUGAUGUCCACUUGUCUCUCCUCUGACAGCCACACAAGUUGGAGUGAAUACAGUAUAACAGGUUCUGGACCUCCUCCAUCAAUGCCUCCAUUUAUUUAUGUUCCGAUCUUCUAGUUGUGUGGGGAUGAAAUGCAACUUGGUUACAUUAUUUAGGACAUCAUAUUUAAGGGUUUAUAUAUCAAGUUUCCACUUCCAAGUUACUGCAUAAUUGAACAUGGGGCGCCAAUGAAUCUAAUGAACAUUGAAAUAUCUUAAUGGUAUAGUAAAAGGUGGGUGCGUUAAGUGUUCUUUCCCAAGCUCCUGAAAUGUGAUUUGCAAAAUGUUUAAUUUCCUCUUGAAUGAUUUGGAAAAUCCACAUGAUUAAAUGUGCACAUCUUUUCA